CGUGGGGCGGUUGAGGACUUUCUUUGAACGGGAGGACCUUCUUCAGAAGGUUCUUCACAAGGAAAGGGACCCGGAGUGUGAGGAGGCAAAGGCGCUCAUGCAAAUGGCUGAGGGGGCAACGCCAUUGAGGGUCGAAGAAAAGACAUUCCGCACACUGAGCGAGAAACUCAGCGACAGGUUGGACAAGGUGGCCAAUUUGAGGUCGCUGGAUGGCAAGGAAGCCUGGGCUUUGCUGGUCCACCACUACCUAAGGUGUCUUCCAGACGUGGAGUUUGAAUGCCUAGAUUUGAGCGACUUCACGAAAGUGUUCGAAGCUCUUGGGAAACACACCGCAGCUGCAAUGCUCGUCAAAAUGAUGAAUGAGGAUUACCCCAUUG